CAGCCAGUCUAUGCAGCCAGCACAAUCACUAACCUCAAAAAAGCUAGUCUCGAAACAAAUUAGUUGUUGUUAAACACAAAAAUAACCAGCUGCUCUACGCAGAGUAAACAUAUCCCUUUUAAACAUUGCCCCGCAGCGAUAAAUUGCAAUCGCAAUGAUAUAUUUAUAACUAAAUGCACGUGAAGACACUCCCUUGAGAGAGAAUAUUCUGUGUGUACACCUCUAGCACCAUGAUCACGCUGUCGCAACGCAUCAAGAAACAGCAGGAUGAUACAAAUACGUCCACCACGCGUAUUUCCAUCCGCGAUAAGCUGCUCACUCGAGAGGUGCAGGAGAUGGCCCAAUUGCUUCCUAGCAACUGUUCAGUGCACUAUGAUGAUGUUGAUGAGCUCAGUGCAUUCACCCUUACUGUGAGCCCCAUUGAAGGAUAUUGGAAAGGAGGCGCUUUUAAAUUUUCAAUAAAUGUUACAGAAGAAUAUAAUAUGGUGCCUCCACAAGUUAAAUGCCUUACAAAACUGUGGCAUCCUAAUAUUAGUGAAACAGGGGAUGUAUGCUUGUCAUUGUUACGCCAGCAUAGCGUCGAUGGACUUGGCUGGUCGCCGAUAAGACGACUCAAAGACGUAGUUUGGGGCCUAAACGCACUUUUUACAGAUUUACUUAAUUUUGAUGAUCCUUUAAAUAUGGAAGCAGCCGAAAUGUACUUCAAAUCCAAAGAAAUGUUCAUCACAAAAGUAAACGAAUAUCUCAGUCUCUACGGAGCGGAGUAAGAUAAAUUAAGAAAACAUGUGAUUUAGUUAUUAUGUUAAUUGCCUAAAUACUUUAUACAACUCAGUUUUAAGUGGGCUUGAAGGAACGACUCAGUUAUGGUUUUAAUUUUUGGGUAAAAACUUUGAAAACAUCAAUAUAUCUCAGGAGAUUAUCACACCAUUCAAACUUUUAUCCUAGUUAUUUAUCUUUUUUAUCUGUACAUAAAUGUUUUAAUAGGCAUAUGCAUAGUAAUCAUUGUAUUACGGAAAGAACAUGAUAUUUCAUUGAAUCAUUCAGAAACUCAAAAUUGUGUAUAUAUUAAUUAAUAUUGAGCUAGUUAAUAAAAUAAAUCGGUCUAAAAAAUUUCGGUACGGUAAUUUUAGUCUAUUAGCAGUAAUUAGAAAAUAUCAAAUCAAAGCACAUUUAUUAUUGCCUAGUUUUAGUGGCGAGAAUGGAGAGAUUUUGUAAACAUUUAUGCGAUUUGUAUCAUUUCACGCACGGUGUAAAUAAUGUAAUAAAUAAACAUUUGUUAAACAAAA